AUGAGACUUUCUUAUCAACAUUUUCUUAUGUGGAGAGUGAAAGUUAGUAAUCCUGAUUCCCAGAAAAGUUCUUGGAAAAGUAAACAAUUAAGCUUCAGUGACAAGAAAAUAUUCUUCAACCAGCCACAAGAUGAACGAAUUCAUAAUGCCAAUGAAGUAACAUUUAACAUCACAGAAUUCAUUAUUCUACUUUUAAACAUGGAGAGCAGAAAUAAUAGAAAAGAAAUAUUUAACCAUCACGCGUUUCGAAUAACAAGAAUAAAGUUCUAUUCGAAGGUCAAUCGAUCGACGAAGAACAACCUCAAAAAGUCUGAAAAGAACAAAACUCUUGAGGAGAGUCUUGAAACUCUUAAGCUUCGCGUGAAGUAA